AAGUAUAUUAAAAAGACAAAAGAAAGUGACAAAUGCAACGAAGCUGAAAAAUGUGUACAGUGUAUAAAAAUAUAUAGCAGAAUUUGAAAAAAAAUUAUAAAAAUUGUGAAAUGAAGAUGCAAAAAAGCAUAAAUAAAUAUUUAUCAAUUCUGCAAAAUUCAUUAAACAAAUAAAAAAUCGCAUGAAAAAUGUGGAAUGUGCUAAAAGUUGAGUGCUUGUGUUCAGAAAUGAAAUUCUAAAAUAAAUUACAUACAUACAUAUAUCUGAAGAUAUACAUAGAUAUAUAUGUAUAUAUAUAAUUAAAUAAAUAUAUGUGUAUACAUAAACACCGAUAAAAAAACUCCGUUAAAAACAAAUACUCUGGAUUAAGUGCAACACUACAAAACAUCUCACUUAAAUUCAGGAUUAAGGCUGAGCUUGGAAAAUAAUAUCUAACACCAAAAAAACAUCAGUUACUACAAGAUAUAUAUGCAAGCUUACCGCAGAAAAAAUUAACGGUAAAUUAUAUGCGCUUGUGUGCUGUAACCGUUGUUGCCACAAAUAUUUAAUCCAACAAAUUAAUGUACAUUACUUGCUUGCAACGAAAAUGUAAAUGUGGCAAGAAUGGCAAGCAAAUGUUGCGCGAAGUUCGUCUGUUGCCAGCAAUCCCGUAUGCAAUAACCGCAAAAUGCGCAACAACAAAACGCCGUAUUGAAACCGAACACAUGUGAAAAUCGCUUGCUGGCGGGCCGCAAGCGAAUUUGGCGUCAUACAACAACAACAAUACAAUAUUGUCACACAUCAUCGAAUAUUUUCUUAGUCAAACACCAGUUGCUUGCAACCCAACAUGUAUCGCUUAAAUGUGCAACAACAGCAACAGCAACAAUCUCAACAGCAAUCCACGUCGUCAGCGUCGACGUCGCAUGCCAAAACAGCGACGCAAACGUCGACUAGCAGCGCUGCCACUACCGCUACCACCAUCAUACCCAGUCACAUUCUGCUGCAACAACAAUUGGCAGCUGCAGCCGCUGCCGCUGCGGCCGGCGUCAAUCAGCCACCGGCCACCAUAGCGGCAACGCAUCUACUCAGCGUCGCCGCCAUCGCCAGCGGCGAAGUGAGUAAUGCGCUCGAUUUGAAUGGUCUCCACCAACAGCAACAGCAGCAGCAACAACGUACACUCAUCCAUCAGCCGCGGCAAACGCAUGUCACACACCAUCAACAACGUCUGCAUGCCAACAACAACAAUCACAAUGCCACCAGCAUUACGUUGGGUGAGAAGCCCACAAUCAUAACGAAUGUAUUGGCCGCAUCGGUGGAGGAGAAAAUUAAAAUCAUUUCGACUGCCAUUAAAACGGAACCGCUGCACGACGUCAUUGCGUUGACGAAGCAUAACUCAGCGUCGGCAACGGCAGUGGCGGCACCGACGCCAGCGUCACUGACGGCCGUUAACAGUAGUAGUUCUCACAGCAACUUCAGCAAUACUAGCAUUAAUCGUAACAGCAAUAAUAAUACUCUAAGCAACAGCAACAAUAGCAAUAACAAUCACGGCAAUACAGGCCACAACAACAACAAUGCUGUGACCAACAGCAACAAUAUAAUCGCACUGACUGUCAGCACACUGCCGUCAACGGCAUCCUCAUCUAGCGGUACUUCCAUUUCCGUUGCUGCCAAUAAGUCUUCUGCCACAGUGAGCAAUGCAACAACAAUAGCUGUGAGUCCGCUAAAUAAUGUGAACACCAUAAAUCUAGUUGUUGGUGGCGGCGGUGGUACUGCUGCGGCUGGUGGUGUUUCCGGCGCCGCUUCCACGUCCAGCGGCGUUGCGGGCGGCGGCACUUUGGUGAUCACAACUGGCGGCAAUCACAGCGCAACGGCAUCAUCCUCUUCCGCGGCAGCUGCUGGCGGUAAUGCCAGCGGCACUGCCAAUGGACAUCUGGUCUUUGUACCCAAGCGCGCCCGUUUGGAAUGUCCUCCAAGUAACGAGGAAUGGAUUUCCACCUCUAGUCCGGGUAGUGUGCCCAGUUCAGCGCCACCAUUGAGCCCAUCACCGGGUUCACAGAACCACAGCUACAGCGCGAAUAUGUCGAAUGGCUACGCAUCACCGAUGUCGGCAGGCAGCUAUGAUCCAUAUAGUCCCAAUGGUAAACCAGGCCGCGAUGAUCUCUCACCGUCGAGCAGUCUCAACGGCUAUUCGGCAAAUGAAAGUUGUGAUGUCAAAAAGAUCAAAAAAGGUCCGGCGCCGCGCCUACAGGAGGAGCUGUGCUUGGUGUGCGGCGAUCGGGCAUCCGGCUACCAUUACAAUGCGCUCACCUGCGAAGGUUGUAAGGGUUUCUUUCGGCGCAGCGUCACGAAGAAUGCCGUUUAUUGUUGUAAAUUCGGGCGCUCCUGUGAAAUGGACAUGUAUAUGCGGCGAAAAUGUCAAGAAUGUCGCAUGAAGAAAUGUCUGGCGGUGGGUAUGCGACCGGAAUGCGUGGUGCCGGAGAAUCAAUGCGCUAUGAAGCGGCGUGAGAAGAAGGCGCAAAAGGAGAAAGAGAAACAAACUACUGGUAAUUCGCCGAUCAUAUGCAAAAGCGAAUCCAUUAAGAAUGAAAUACUCGAACUGAUGAACUGUGAACCGCCGUCGCAUCCAACAUGUCCGUUGCUACCUGAUGAUAUUGUGGCCAAGUGCAGGGCGAGUAACAUUCCGCCGCUCACGCGUAACCAGUUGGCGGUCAUAUACAAACUGAUCUGGUAUCAGGAUGGCUAUGAACAGCCAUCGGAGGAAGAUCUGAAGAGUAUUAUGAGCACCCCCGAUGAAAACGAAAGCCCAAAUGAUGUCAGCUUUCGGCAUAUAACCGAAAUUACCAUUUUGACAGUACAACUUAUUGUGGAGUUUGCAAAAGGUUUACCGGCAUUUACGAAAAUUCCACAAGAAGAUCAAAUCACGUUGCUGAAGGCCUGCUCAUCGGAAGUAAUGAUGUUGCGUAUGGCCCGACGUUACGAUCACAGUUCGGAUUCCAUAUUCUUCGCCAACAAUCGUUCAUAUACGCGUGAUGCGUACAAAAUGGCCGGUGUGGCCGAUAAUAUUGAGGAUCUAUUGCAUUUUUGUCGGCAGAUGUACUCGAUGAAGGUCGACAACGUCGAAUACGCUCUCCUCACUGCCAUUUUGAUCUUCUCCGAUCGGCCGGGACUCGAAAAGGCCGAACUAGUCGAAGCGAUACAAAGUUACUACAUCAAUACGCUGCGCGUAUAUAUAAUUAAUCGGCAUUGCGGCGAUACCAAGAGUCUGGUCUUCUUCGCCAAAUUACUCUCCAUAUUAACGGAACUGCGCACGCUGGGCAAUCAGAAUGCCGAAAUGUGUUUCUCAUUGAAAUUGAAGAAUCGUAAACUGCCGAAAUUCCUCGAAGAAAUCUGGGAUGUACAUGCGGUGCCACCAUCCGUGCAAUCACACAUACAGGCAACGCAAGCCGAACGCGAAAGUCUGGAGGUCACCGCAGCCGUAGUCGCCACCACAUCCACAUCAGCCGCCGCAAGUACGUCCGCCUCCGGUUCACCCACUGACAUGGUCGCCGGUGGUUUUGCGAAUAAUUCGCCCAAUUCCACAUCGGUCUCAACGAGCGCUAUCGGCAUGAACGGUGGUCUGCUGCAUGCCACACAAACCGGAAUAUAUAAUGGGUCCCGGCAAUGGAAUUGGCAUGCAACUGUCGGGAGACCAUCACAUGAUGGGCAUACAGCUAAAGCAGGAGCAUAUGAUGGGAAGCGUGGAUCACAAUACGGCGGCAAAGCACUGCUACUCGGUGGCAGUGGUGAAUGUAGUGGUGGUGGUGGUGUUGAUGGCCGUUUGUUGCACGACAACGACGUGCACUUGGAUGACAGCAUCGAGGAUGUCUUGGAUGGUGGUGAUGUCGUUGUUGGCGGCGUUCAAGGGCUCGAAUGAGCUGUGUAGCAGCGCAGCUAGUGUGGCAACAACGCUAAUUGCUUGUGAUACGCCGACUGCGUAGCGCCCAUUUUUAUUUUGGUCUAAUAUAUUAAGCUUUCGUUCGUUGUUAAGCGGUGGGGUACGGGCGCUGCCCAGCACAGGUGUUACGCAAGGCAAUGCGUGCGUUGCAGUUGGGAUUUUUGUAUGGCAGCUAGACAUGCAAUCAAGGCGAUUUAAAGUGAACUUGGUCGGCAUGGCAAUGUGAUGGCGCGUACCGUUGUAUGUAUGUAUAUGGAGGCGUGUACUUUAAAUUUUGUUGAUUUACGGUACAAGCUACAACAAAAACUGCAGUUAUUUAGUGAUUAAGUGAGCGCGCGCGCGCAAGCGUUGCGGCAUGCACCAAGCGGUGGUAGCAAAACACAAUGAAAAUAUUAUAAAAAAUAGUAUAAAACACACACACACACAUGCAAAUUGUUGCAUUAAAGUAACGAAGCAUACUUGUAAAUUAUUAUCAAUGCUACUGUACUGUCGUCAUUUUGUAUUUAUAUAUAUAUUUAAAUAAUGGGAAAGUGUUGUUGUUGAUGGCAGACAACGUGUUUCUUACUUGUUUGUUGUUUUGCAGCAAAAUUGUGUAAGCAAAUUGCAGUGCGUGGCGUAGAGGGUAUAUAUGAAAAACAUAUAAACACAAUUAUUGUAAAAACGGAGCAAAAUUACUAAGCGCUUAGUAUGUAAUUAAUAAAUAAUAUAUAACAAAAAGAAAAUAUAAAUUUUAUUAUUAAAUUAUAGCGUAGCAUACAUUUAGGUGUAGCGGCGUCUUUACAUCUAAGCGGACAUUUAAAAAGCAUGAACAUAUAAUAUAGGUCUGUUCACAAGGCAGUCUCUUUUUGUAGUUAAACUAAAACACACAACAAUAAACAAUAUGCACACACACAUAUAUACCAACACAUAGACAGGCUAAAUUGAAAAACAACUAAAAUAAUAAAAUAUUAAAAUAAAAAAUAAUUAAAAUAAAACAAAUGAAAAU